AUGAGCUCCUCCAGUAAGGACUCUGUCACUAUGGAGGAUCGUUCCAAGCACGUCUCAGAACUUCUUAAAGUGUUGAUGGAUAUAAACGUCAUGAAUGGUGGUAAUACAGACACUGCAGAAAAGAUGAAAUUACAUGCAAAGAACUUUGAAAGUGCUCUAUAUGCAAAAUCUUCAUCAAAAAAGGAAUAUCUGGAUAGUAUGCAGGAAAAGGUUUCUGCCAUGCGAAAUACAAGAGAUGCUAGACAAAAAGCCAUAGACCAAAGGACGGAUCAAAUGAAUAUGCAGCGAUCACAGCAGCAACAGCAACAGCAAGCUUCUAAUAACUAUAUUCCUCCCGCAAAAUUCAAUAACAAUGGUAAUAAUAACCCAAAUGGUAACAUCAAUCCUCAAGCUUUCAUGAAUCAACAGGCGCAAGCAAGACAACAAGCUGCCUUGCAAUUGAAGAAUAGACAAGCUGUUCAACAGCAGCAGCAACAACAACAGCGUGCUCAAUUAAGUCCGCAGCAACAGCAGUUGAUUAAUCAAAUGAAAAUCGCACCUAUUCCUCGUGAGUUGCUGCAGAAAAUACCCAAUAUUCCACAAGGUGUGACGACCUGGCAACAAGUCACAGAAUUGGCUCAACAAAAAAGAUUAUCUCCUCAGGAUAUGCAAAUUGCCAAAGAAAUGUACAAGAUUCACCAACAGUUGUUAUUGAAAUCUAAACUUCAGCAGCAGCAGCAACAGAGAACCAAUGGAAACAACAAUGAUAAUGGCUUAGUUCCAAAUAAUCAAAUGCAGCAGCAACAGCAACAGCAACAGCAACAGCAGCAACAACAAAGGAAUGUACCUGUUAACAGUAAUGGCAACCAGCAGAGACCACAGAAUCAAUCGAGAGAGUUACCAAACGUUCUUGGCCAAAUUAAUCAGAUCUUUUCUACAGAGGAACAAAGAGCUUUGUUGCAAGAGGCCAUGGAAGCAUGUAAGAAUUAUCAAAGAAACCAAUUUGGAAAUGCUAAUGUUCCUGACCAAGCUAGACAAUUAUUCAUAAGAAAGUAUAUAAACCAAAAAGCCUUGAAGAAGAUUCAGACGAUUAGAAUGGCCCAACAGUCUGCUGCAGCCGCUGCUAACGGUAAUAUACCCAAAUCACAAUCCAAUCAGCCCGUACCGUCUCAAAGAAACAAUGGUCAGCAACCAACACCAUCUAUUAACGGAUUUAAUGGUAAUGCAAACAUGAAUCAAGUACCUAAUCCACAAAUAAAUAAUAUGCCACCUACAUCAAACGGAGCCCCAAUGCAGAAUCAACAUCAAUUAACACCACAACAAAGGGCUGCUCAACAACAACGAGUAAUGCAAAUGCUACAACCCACGCCUCAGGAUAUUGAAACUGUUAGAAAGAUAUCAUCCGAUGCCUCAAGAACACCACUAAGACUGUCUGAUAUCACUAAUUCAUUAUCACCUCAGGAGAAAGAAGAAAUCAAGAGAAAAUUACAAAUGAAUCAGCAAUUGUUUGCACAGGUUAGUAAUUACGCACCCCAGGUUUAUGUGUUUACUAAAAGUGAAGGUUUCUUGAAGGAAGUGUUACAGUUGAGAAUAUUUGUUAAGGAAAUUUUAGAAAAAUGUGCAGAAGGAAUUUUUGUCGUGAAAUUGGACACAGUUGAUAAGUUAGUAAUGAAAUAUCAAAAGUAUUGGGAAAGUAUGAAAUUGCAGCUUCUAAGGAGACAGCAAUUGAUCCAGGAACAACAGGCACAGAAUAACCAAACUCAGGGACAAAACAAUAACAAUAAUGUUAAUGGUGUUGCCAACCCACCGAUUUCUCAGCAACAACAAAGAGUUCAAGGAUCGAUGCAGCAGAUUCAACAACAAAUGCAACAAAAGCAGUGGCAACAAACACCGCAUCUCAAUAACAAUACUGGAACCACGACACCGGUGGUUUCUGCAGUUCCAAGUAAGAGUAAUAUACCUGCCUCGAAUUACCAACAAAUGGUUUCAAGUAAUAUUGGUCCUGUUAUGAGUAAUAAAACCGCAUCGGCAACACCAGCCCUUUCAGAACGAAUCUCACCAAAGAAGGAAGCUAGUGUAAAAGGCAACAGAGGAAAAUCUGUAAGCAAGAAAAAUUCUCCGGCGACCGCCACGGCUACUUCAGGCACCAUAAAUCAAGCUACGCCGAGCAACAUUGUUGGAAGUAAAUCAAAUACCCCCAUGGUGGGCAAUUUUGCAUCUCCAUUAGUUCCUAAUAAAACUUCUACACAACAGCCACAAAAUUCUCCAUCACCAUUAACCGUUCCUGUAGCCAAUAUUGCUAAUAAUAAUAAUAAUAAAAUGAAUCCAUAUAGAGGAGAAGAAGAGAAGUUAGCAGAUUUGAACAUUAAGAAAAGUGAAAUUAUGUCAAGAUUUAAGCAUCGUAGAGAAGUCUAUGGUGAAUCACAAAUUGAUUUAUUCCUUCUAACUUUAGGUGAUUGUCUAGGUUGUAAAGAUGGCAAUAUGGAGCCCAUAUAUGAAAUUCCACAAAUUAUGAUUGAUCAUACUAAUGGAACUGGGAAGAAGAAAGUUACUAAGGCGGUUCAAAGAAUAAGGGAUCGUGAUGUUGUUAAUGUUAAUGUAAGGGAUAAUAAAUUAAUAAUGCAAAGUAAGAGUAAACCAGAAGAUAGGAGUUAUACCAUUGACAUUAGGGAUGUGGCUUCUGUGUUCAAGAAUGCUAGUGGACUCUGUAAUUUAACAGAUAUGAGUAUAUCGCCUAAUAUUAAAUUCAGUGAGGGGACUAACAAGAAGAAAAGAAAGUUACAAGACGUGGAUAUCAGUCCUGUAGGAUCUAAUACGUCGCCAUCUUCAUCAUUAAUGAGUGAAUCUAAGAGAAUUAAGAUUGAUUCUCCUGAUGAUAUGUUUAUGGGGAAGACUUCCGUUAAUGAAGAUACGGCUGAUAUGGAUAAAACAAACUUGAAUGUCGCUCAAAACAUAUGGGAUUGGAAUUAUUGGGAAACUGUAAAACAAUGA